AUGGUCACUGGUGCGGAAGACUGGAGUGACGUCCAGUGUCACGCCCGGCUGCCAGAAGCACGCAGCGCCGACGGCGUCCUCGAAGGCCGCCUUACGGUGCUCAACGCUCUGAGUCCAGUCACAUAUGAACUGGUAGAAGAAAGCGAACAGGUCGUCUGGCGUCCGGGGCGGGCGGGUGAGGAGGCAUUCCAGGUAGCCGCACAGCCUGGCGAAGGGCGACGAUGCGCCGCCGCAGAAAGCGCCGAGAACGUCCAUGAUGCGUCGGCCUGUACCCGCACGAGAGGCCAGCCUGGUGUCAUUGGGGGACAGCUGGUGAGGGAGGAAGCCCACCAGGCCAUCCUCGAGGAACGACUGGAGCGGCGACUUGACGCCGCACUUGGGAUGCUGGUCACACGCUUGGUUGGCAUUUUGGUUGGUCAUUUGGUUACCAGUUUGGUUGGCAUUUUGGUCAACCUUUUGGGGACACUCUUGGUUAGGACACUGCAUGGUGUUGCACUUCCACGACGAUCCUCCGACGCCGCGGCCGUACCAGCAGUCGAGCCAUCCGCCGUGCCGGGCGUUGUAGAGGCACCGGCGGUAGAGGAGAUACAGCUGGUGGUGGAGGCGUUUGAGCACAUCGUACAGCAGGCAGAGCAAAGCGUCCGCGUCGCCGGGGUAGAGCAGGCCUCCGGGGUUUGUGUUGAAGUCGCAGGCGUAUAUGCCACCUGCGUGGCCGUAGCCGAGCAAUGUGGUGAGCACUGA